AGGAAAAGAAAGGAAAACUUCUCCGCCAUUGCCAUUUGCCCCGCGUUUUGCUACUCUGUCAUCCGUUCAUUGCGUUUCUCUGAAUAACUACCGAAAAGCCAAAACCGAAGAACACCCAACAAAGCCAAAAGCCAAACCCACUCCGCAAAUUCCACCCUGUCUUUCCCCUUUAUUCUUCCAUUUCUCUUCCCGAAGCCCAGGAGAGGCAUUAACCCGAAGGUAAUUCCCCAUUUCCCCCCUUUCCUCUAAAUUCGCUUUCUCGAUCUCUUCUUCUUUCAUUUCUUUCUCUUCCCUUUUCACUUUUCUCCCAAUCUCUCAUUCCCUUCCCUUCUUUUUUAAUUUUCCUCACCCCCAAUUCCGAUUUUCGUAUCUGGGUUUUCAUUUUCUGGAACAGGGUUGAAUCUCUUUUUGGGCUUUUCUUUUUUGUUUUUGUUUUUGCGUUGUUGGGUUUUUAGUGAUUUGUUUUUCUUUUUUCUAUUUCUGUUUCUGGGGUUUGAUUUGUUUUUUAACGGAUCAAUCUAUAUCUGGGUUUGUGUUUUUUUUUUUUUUUUUUCCCUUUUUUGCUUGUUUGUUCCUGCCUUGUUGACUCUAUUGGGAUUUUGAAUUUUUGAAUCUCUGGUUUGAUUAUGGACGGUCGAGAUCAUCGUGGUUUUGGUUUAGUGGCGCAUGCCCCUCCUCCUGGUUACUUCGUUCGUUUGAAGAAUACAGGUUCUAAAGACGAUCUAUAUCUAAGUAAAAGGGAUAGAAUGCGCAGGUGGCUUUGUUGUACUUGUCAAGUUGAAGAGGCCUACCCAUCAGCGGAAAGUGAGCACCUGAAAAGCCCACGAAGUUAUGGAGAUGGUCACGUUCAAAGGAAAGAGGCAGCUCCUGUCAAACCUGAAGCACCAAAAACUCCACCUCCCAUAGAAGUGCCAGCAUUGUCUCUGGAAGAAUUGAAAGAAAAGACUGACAACUUUGGGUCUAAGGCACUGAUUGGUGAAGGGUCUUAUGGUCGAGUUUAUUAUGCUAGUUUAAAUGAUGGGAAAGCUGUGGCUGUGAAGAAGCUGGAUGUUUCUUCUGAGCCCGACUCCAGUGUUGACUUUUUGACUCAGGUUUCUACUGUCUCAAGGUUGAAACAUGAAAAUUUUGUUGAGUUGCAUGGAUACUGUGUUGAAGGAAAUCUCCGUGUACUUGCAUAUGAAUUUGCAACUAUGGGUUCUCUACAUGACAUAUUGCAUGGUAGAAAGGGAGUGCAAGGCGCACAGCCUGGUCCUGUUCUCGAUUGGAUGCAGAGAGUGAGAAUUGCUGUUGAUGCCGCUCGAGGAUUGGAAUACUUGCAUGAGAAGGUUCAGCCUUCUAUCAUACAUAGAGAUGUUAGAUCCAGCAAUGUGCUUCUCUUCGAAGAUUUCAAAGCAAAGAUUGCAGACUUUAACCUUUCAAACCAGGCUCCUGACAUGGCUGCUCGGCUUCACUCUACUCGUGUUUUAGGAACUUUUGGCUAUCAUGCUCCAGAGUAUGCAAUGACGGGACAAUUGACACAGAAGAGUGAUGUCUAUAGCUUUGGAGUUGUUCUACUUGAGCUUUUGACUGGGAGGAAGCCCGUUGAUCAUACCAUGCCUCGUGGUCAGCAGAGUCUUGUUACUUGGGCUACCCCAAGACUAAGUGAAGACAAAGUUAAACAAUGUGUUGAUCCAAGGCUGAAGGGUGAAUAUCCCCCCAAAGGAGUUGCCAAGCUGGCCGCUGUGGCAGCUCUGUGUGUGCAGUACGAAGCCGAGUUCAGGCCAAACAUGAGCAUCGUCGUCAAGGCUCUCCAGCCGCUUCUAAAGCCACCUGCCCCUGCUCCGGUUGUGGAACCUUGAAGUAAAUUGAUAUCCGUUUUCUCCCUCUCUGUUGAUAUAUAUGUCAGCGCCUACAUUGCAAUGUUUGCUUUCAUGGUGACCAUAUAGAAUUCAUAAUAUUCAUUAUUUAUUCCAAUUAUUAUUGUUGUUUUUUCUUUCUUGAAGAAGAUGCUUGAGUCAUGUUUGGUUGGAUUGAAAAUAGGUUGCUGCCUUUCUUGUAAGCAAUUCUUCUUGUGUAGCCUGUUGUUGGUAAUAGCCCUCGGUUGUUAAAAAAUGUUUUUCCCCUUUCGUUUUUUGGAGUCAUCAAGUGAGAGGACUCGGUGGGAGUGCUGAAUGGUGUGGUGGAAAACGCAUUUGGAUUAUACUUUGCUUUCCCUCACUCUUUUGAUAUUAAUGGAUAUGGGUUGGUUUCUUCGGUUGUCAUCGAAAA